AUGGCAACGCUGCAGUCUACCUCGUUCCUCUCUCGAACGAGAUCCGGUCGCGUGCCCAGUGCCAGAACAGCGACUGCGACAGAGUCAUUAGCGAUCCCUCAAGCUGGUGCUGGUGCCGGCCCAAACAUCUCCUUGCAAGCGCCGCUGUCCCCGUCCAACGUGUCGAUUUUCCUUACCAACCUCCGCCUUCUCGACCUCGACCUCGAGCCUGACUGGCCAGACAUCACAGCCCGCACGUUUUCAACAAAAGAUGCUGGUCAGGGCCAGAAGCGGCGAGUCCAGACGGUAGAAUGGGCGUUGUACCAGCUCUUCUGCCUCUGGGACCCGGAGGAGACGCUCAGCAAACUGCAGCCCUACUUUCCACCAGCAGACCAAGUGCAGUCUGUAAACCUGCGGGCCGCCCUGCUUCGAGCUCUCGAGCAGACAAAGAAGAACGGCACACUUGGCCGCGAUGUCAUCAUACGAAAGACGAUGCUGGAUGAGUGCCGGGGCGAGCGACUGGAGGAGGUGCUGGCCGUCUUCUCGUCGGCCGUCCUGAAGAAGGUGGUGGCCGAGGACCAGCUAAACGAGGGCGGCAGAGAGCAGCAUCCAGCUGCGGCCAAGUCUCUGGCGCUGGAGGACUGCGGAUACACGGGCGAGCGCACGCCACUCACGGGUCUGAUCCUGGCCCAUCGCGUCUCGCUCAGCCGCGAUCUGCGAGCCAAGGAGACGGCACGGACUCGGUACAAGGACUUUGCCGAGCUGCUGGACCUGAAGCAGCGCAGCAUUGUGCAGCGCCAGGAGUGUGCAGAGGCCUUGGAAGAGGCGGCAAAGAAGAAGGGAGGACAAGAGGUUAUGUCAGAUGACGCCCGACUGCACGUGUGGCGGGUAGUGCGCAACAACUGGUCGGGUAGCGAACAGUGGAUGGAGGCGCUUCUUUGCGGCGACGGUGACGGAAGAAGCAAUACUACGAGCAAAACGGACAGAGACGCUGUGCUGUCGACACCGUACGACCGCGUCUGGCGACGAGUGCAAGCCGGCCGACUGGGCGAGCUCGAGGGCCACGGUGGCCGCGGCUUGUUGGAGCAGCUUGACAAGCGUGCCAACCUGCAGCACGAGAGGCUGCAGAAGUGGCAAGACUACCGCCGCACUGUUUUCAAAAAGAGCGCCAGCGAAGAAUCCUCCCUUGCGGCAAAGACAGCUGCAGCAGCAUCUGCGCAAGGAAAGAAGGGCAUCGAUCUGGGCUUUGGGGCCCAUGGCGGACUCUAUCCGGCCGCGGCCAGUCCAAGGAAGAGAAGCGCCCAGGAGACAGCGCCCAUGCGGGGAGAGUACGCGGACCUGAUCAAGGGUCUGACCGCUGAAUUGGCCAAUGUUGACCAGCCGUCGGGACAGCAGUCUCUGACGGCCUUUCUGCAGGCCAGGACGGCUAGGCUUGCUGGCGGCGCAGCGGAGACAAGAGAGAGGAGGAGCAGCAGCGGAGGGGGGCUAGAGGAGGCUGAGGUCUCUGACAUCAGCGACUUUGAGGACCACGCGGCACCAGAGCAACCGAUAGCACCGCAGACCAAAGACUUGAUGCUGUCUCCCCGGGUCGGGCAAAGGACGUUGCUCAGCAAGGCGAGCAUGACAUUCAGUGUCACGACAUACGACUCAGACGAAGAUCUGGAGCCGCCGGCAAAACAGUGGCAGCCGUCAUCGUCGCGGGCCGUGUCCGGGUCCGUGUCCGAGUCGAGGUCGGCAUCGCUGGCAUUGCCGCCUUCUGCGCAUGCAGCAGCAGUAGCAGCCCAGUUGGAGGCCCUCGACAUGCCCAUCCGACCGCUGCAGUCGCCCCCAAUAUGGCCCCGAACGCCUUCGGCAAAGACGGCAGACGAAGUCGACAGGCUGCCGCAGACGCCAGUUCCCGAGGUUACAGUGUAUAUGCCCGACGACAGCCCCCGGUCACCAUCGCCAUCGCCGCCGCCACCGUCGUCGCCACCGGACGCGCUGGCGGACGAGAUCCUCGCGUCGAUGAGCAGUGGGUCGCCAUCACCUGUCAAAAAGCCCAGGCACACGCUUUCGCUAGCACAGCGCACGCAGCUGUCUCUGGCCCGCACUCCUCGUGGGGCCGCGAUGGGGAGGAUGGGAGAGAGCAGCUUGGAUUUCGAUGACGACGACGACGAGCCCGACCUCCAUUUGCUGCCCAGCCGACGAAACACGACUCCGGUGGCCGUGAAGGUGGGCAAUGCCGAGGACGAGGCGCCGGAGCACGAAGAUCUGGUGGCGAGGACACGCAGAAGCAUGGCCGGCUUCGAGGCGUCGCGGCAGAAAGCACAGCUGGAACGGCGACGGUCGCAGCACCAGAGCAGACAGCUGCCAUCAACACCGUCAGCGACAAAGUCUCUGGCGCAUUUUGACACGGUGGAGGAGGGCGAAAAUACGCUGAUCCUGGCCGAAGAGCUGAUGUCGGGCGAGCAGGACGACGCCGAGGCCAUCUUCCGAAGCCGGCCGAAGAUCAAGAUGAGCCCGAUCCCGAGCCCAACGCGGAGUCUCAGUCGAGCAGAGUGA